CAGUCAUUUGGCCACUCAUGCUUUCUUCUGCAGCCAGUGAGAUCGGGCGGCGGUGCCGUCAACUGCGAUAGAAGGCUGCGCCCACGCUCUGGAUGUUGAUCGAAGCAAAGGCGAGAAAACAAUGAACGAGACUACUCUCUCUGUCUCGUUGCAAGUGCAUUCUGAGGUGCAAUAGCCCGUGAUCGCGCUCCUCUUCCACACUGGCAGAAGAUGUCAGUGUUGCCCUCAUUUGAUCCAUGACCUCGACCGCGGCCUCUCCUCAGAGCGCAGGCCUCAAGCGAGCGUAUCAGGCUGAUGAACUCUCCCACCAACCCCAUCCAGACGUCCUCAGUCCUACAAAGUCCCCUCCACACAGUUCGGCUUCCGCAACUUCAGCCUUCAGAAAUGUCUCUGCAUGCAAUCGUUGUCGCGUUCGCAAGAAUCGUUGCGACCAACGACUGCCCGCCUGUAGUACUUGCGAGAAGGCCAACGUUCGCUGUGUAGGCUAUGAUCCUAUCACGAAGAGAGAGAUCCCUCGGAGCUAUGUCUACUAUCUUGAAACUCGCUUAGCCUACUUUGAGCAAAUGCUCAAGUCCAACAGCAUACCUUUCAACGCAGGAGAAGUCUACAGUGCCGAGUCUAAAGAGCUAGGAGAUGCGAGUCAGUCGCCGCCCAGCGCAAAAGCCUCAUGGUUGGGGCCGCAGUCUCCGAGCAAUGGCUCUCCGCAGACCAUCAAGCAAGAAGAAUGGGACAAGAAGCAAGAUGAUGCCGAAAAGCUGAACAAGUUGGUAUCAAACAUUGGCAUGGUGUCGGUCCAAGGGGCCUCAGAUGCGAGAUACCUUGGUUCAACAUCCGGAAUAUCAUUCGCGCGAGUGGUCUUAGCCGCCGUGAAGAGCUCGGUGUCGAGCAACAACUCGGAGAGAACUGGGAUCAGACCGAGCCGUCCGGUGGCCAAUGUCGCGAGUUCAGGCGGUAGUUCCAUGAGGGAUUCAUACUUCGGCUUACAGACGAAGCCUACCAUCAAGGAGGCUCCCUUCCCGGACAAAGAUCUGGGUGCUAAGCUUGUUCAUCUCUAUUUCGAACAUGCCAAUCCCCAGAUUCCCAUUCUCCAUCGAGGCGAAUUCAUGGAGCUAUAUGAGCGGACGUAUUCACUUGAACCCUCCAAACGGACCAGCCGCGAACUUUAUCUGCUGAAUAUCGUCUUCGCCAUCGGCGCCGGAAUUAUAUGGGGUUCUUCAGAUCCCCAGCCAGGUUCCCAUCAUGGAGACUACACCUCGAAAAGGCCUCGAUUGACGAGCCAACAAGCUCAGCCUGAAGAGUACCACGCCUCUGCCAUAGUACAUCUUGGCUCUUUCCUGGGUGGCAGCUCGUCAUUAGAUACGGCCGAGCGUCCCAAUGGUGAUCUUGAAGAACUUCAAGCGGUUCUGCUCCUUUGUGGCUUUGCCCUGCUGCGGCCCGUUGCUCCGGGUCUUUGGUAUAUCGUUGGCGUGGCCAUGAGAUUGGCGGUCGAUCUUGGCCUCCACUAUGAGGAUGGGUCUGAUCUCGAAGAAGGCGUUGAAGGUCGAGGUAGCAUGGGCAACGGAAUCAGUGCCAUGGAGACAAAGCCCAUUAGAGCUGUGGACGCGAAGGAGAAAGGGCGACGGGAAUGGAUUCGAGAUUUGCGUCGGCGACUUUGGUGGUGUACUUACACUUUUGACAGGUUGGUCAGUACGUGCGUCGGUCGGCCUUUUGGUGUCACUGAUCAGGUUGUCACGACGGAGUUUCCUUCCCUGCUCGAUGACAAGUACAUCACACCCAACGGCUUCUUGCAACCCCAGUCUCAGAACGAACCGACCUACAAGCGUGUUGCUCACCACUACCUGCGCCUCAGGCUGUUACAGUCGGAGAUCCUUCAAGUGCUGCAAUAUCAGCAAGCGCAGCAGGCACGCCUCAGCGGUACCAAUCGCCGUAAUCAAUUCAUGCAUACGAAGCUACCCUCACCCUUCAUGAGCAGGUUUGAGUCGUUCCGCUCUUGGAGGCGAGACGUCGACCAACGUCUGUACGAAUGGAAGGAAUCAGCGCCGGAGACUUCUGACACCGGAGUUGGCUUCUCUGUCCAGUUCUUGGAAUUGAAUUACUGGCAGGCAGUGAUAAUGCUCUACCGGCAGAGCCUUAGUGUGCCGGCACCACUGGCAAACGAGCUCAGUCCGACUGAAGACGUGUCGAGUCCGUCUAGCAUCAGAAUCGAAGAGAAAGAGGACGAAGACCUCGUCUUCCUGAAAUGCGCCGAGGCGGGUCAAAAGACCUUGAAGCUAUACCGGCAGCUGCACCGAUUACGACUUGUCAAUUACACGUACCUUGCAACGCACCACCUGUUCAUGGCUGGCAUCUCAUUUCUCUACGCUGUCUGGCAUUCGCCCGCGGUAAGAGCUCGUUUGACCCUUGAUGAUUUUGACUUCACCGUCCUUGCUGCCACAUCCGUCCUUGGAGAUCUCAUGGAAAAAUGCCCUCCAGCAGAAGCGUGCCGCGACGCAUUCGAGCGAAUGAGCAAAGCCACUGUACAGAUGUGCAUGUCUACACCAGGAUUCGGGUUUUCCGUCGAGCGUGAGGAGCCGCGGCCACAGCUCUCUCGGCAGUCGAGCCAGCAUACCGCAACAGUUCCAAUGCAGAUCGACUCAUACCUUCACCAGCCCAUUGCGCCAAAAUCCGCAACGAGACGCCCGCCACCGAAAUUCGAUAUGGACCUCCAAGAACUGUUUCCCGAGGAGCUUGAACCGAGCGCCCGUCCUUCUCAGUCAUUUCCCCAACCUCUACAGGGACUCCAAAGACCGUCAGCUUACCAGCAACCGAUCCAGCCUCAACAUCAGCAACAAUCGCCGCGCCAGGCACAACUAUCCCCAACGUCAAGCGUCAGUCCUCACGUAAAUACCGGGAUGGGCAUGGGUCCGCACAGCAGCACGAACAACACACCAUUUUUCAACCAGAGCCAUCCGCCGAAUCCCCAGCAACCCUUCUACAUGCAAAACACGUAUAAUCCAGACUUUAUGUCGUCACUGCCCGGCAUGGAUUUUCUCAACAGCGUCGGUCCGAGUGUUGACGACUUCGACUUUGAUGCGAACGGGUUAGGUCUCGGGUUCGGCAUGGGCUUGGAUUAUCAGCAUGAUUGGAGCGAUGGGCAGCAAUAUGACCUGUUCGAUGGCUUUUUCUUUGGGAAUGGCUUGGGCGGGACUAAUGGGGCAGGAAAUGGGAAUGGGAAUGGGAAUGUUGGAGGUUGAGGUGUCUAUCAUGACGAUGUUUGCACCAUCCCUUUGUAUACCCACAGGAGCUUGAAGACGUAUGAAUUGAUGAAUUGUAUAUGUCUCGGUCAUUGAUUGGAGAUAUAAGCAGAUCCUUCGCCCGACAAUUGACUUUUGGU